GCUAGGAGACCCAUAUUAGGCCUGGGAAUGGGAUUUCUUAAUUAAAGCCUGAACGAUACAAGUUAAAUACAAACUUCACAGUAAAACAAAGCUGCCAUUGAUGUGCAUGACAAAAUGUGAUAUUGUGGCUGGCAUACAUAGCAGCGCAAGCAAAUAACAGAUGCACAAACAUCUUUAAUGCUUUAUGAGGCCUUGAAGGAUAUUUCCAGACCUGUCAGGCUUGGAGUUUUGCAUGUGAGGAUUCCCCAUCUGGCACUGAAAGAAAGGAAAUCAAGAAAGGAAAUGGGAACAUUUUUAACAUGUCUCUUAAUCAUUAACCUCCUCGGUAGAUGCUUCAUUUAAUGAUGCUGACCACUGUGUUCUCUUUGACACUCUGCCCUCUGGACUAUGGCAGAGGCUGGGCCACCCCUGGUGUUACAUACAGAGGAUGAGGAUCCUCCAUGUGAUGGCCCAGUAGAACAGGACUACUGGAGCGAUUUCUGGAACUGGUUUCUGGGCAGAUAAACCAGGUACCAUCAGUGCAACAGUGUUGGGAAAUUAUUACACGAGGCCUUGCCAAAGGCUCCAUCAAGACAGAUAUAAUAUAAGAUGUCUAAUGGUUAUGAAGAUCACAUGGCUGAAGAUUGCAGGGACGAUAUUGGUAGGACAAAUCUAAUUGUGAACUACCUCCCUCAGAACAUGACACAGGAUGAGUUGCGGAGUCUAUUUAGCAGCAUUGGUGAAGUUGAAUCUGCAAAACUUAUUCGGGACAAAGUUGCAGGACACAGCUUAGGCUAUGGCUUUGUGAACUACGUUACUGCAAAAGAUGCUGAAAGAGCAAUAAACACACUGAAUGGCCUCAGACUGCAGUCAAAAACUAUUAAGGUUUCCUAUGCUCGUCCAAGUUCUGAAGUUAUCAAGGAUGCUAAUUUAUAUAUCAGUGGACUGCCAAGGUCAAUGACACAAAAAGAUGUAGAAGAUAUGUUUUCACGUUUUGGCCGCAUCAUCAACUCCCGUGUGCUUGUGGAUCAAACUACAGGUUUGUCCAGAGGGGUCGCAUUUAUCCGGUUUGACAAAAGGUCAGAAGCAGAAGAGGCAAUUACAAAUUUCAAUGGUCACAAACCCCCAGGUUCCUCCGAACCCAUUACAGUGAAGUUUGCAGCCAAUCCUAACCAGAACAAAAAUGUGGCUCUGUUAUCCCAGCUGUGUCAUUCACCAGCUAGAAGGUUCGGAGGGCCGGUGCAUCACCAGGCGCAAAGAUUCAGGUCAGCAGAGAAUCAGGAACUGCCACCCCCAUGUUCUUGGCAGAGAGCAGCACGUGUACCACUUUUAAGUGGUUUGCAUAUCACCAGUGGUACACCACAGUUUGGGAACCCCUGGUUCUCUCCUAUGGGUGUAGAUCACAUGAGUGGGCUUUCUGGUGUAAAUGUUCCAGGAAACGCAUCUUCUGGCUGGUGUAUCUUCAUCUACAACCUUGGUCAAGAUGCUGAUGAGGGAAUCCUCUGGCAGAUGUUUGGCCCCUUUGGUGCGGUUACCAAUGUGAAAGUUAUUCGAGAUUUCAACACCAACAAGUGCAAAGGUUUUGGUUUUGUGACCAUGACAAACUAUGAAGAAGCUGCAAUGGCCAUAGCAAGUCUUAAUGGCUACCGCCUGGGGGACAAAAUCUUACAGGUUUCCUUCAAAACCAACAAGUCCCACAAAUAACUUGCUCGUGCUUUUUGUAUGGAAUAGAUUAAGUGAGUGACAGAAGUUGAAACCUUCUUCUUUUUUUGGUUUUUUUUUUUUGUUUUUGUUUUUUUUUUUUUUGUUAGUGUAAAACUCAUUUUGCGCCAACUUUCACAAGUGUUUGUCUUAGUCUAAAUGAGAAGUGAAAAAGGUUUUAUAUUCUGGGAUGCAACUGACAUGUUCAAAUGUUUGAAAUCCCACAAUGUCAGACCAAUUUUAAGUUCCUUUAAGUUAUUUCAUUUACAAACAUGUUUCAAAAAUCCCCUGAAAUCCGAAGUCGAUUGCAUUAACAAGACCCUCUGGAUGGUGGUAAAAUUGAAGCAUGCUUUCACUUAUGAGACUAACAUUUGUUCCAUUGAAUGUUGUCUGCAAAAACUGGAAUUUUCUGCAAAAUAUCAGGCUGAACGAAUUAAUUUUCUUGGGGUUUUUAUGUUGUUGUUUCUCCCACCCAUUCCCCGUGACCUUCUUCUCUACCCCCGACUCGGUAGUAUGGAAGAAAAGUUGAGAAAUACUAAUGUUUUAGUUGACAGUCAUUUGUUUGCUCAAUUAAUAUUCAUUUACUACGUUAUGUAGUUGAGGAUUAGGCUUUUGAAGUCAAGGUCUUGUAAGUAGUAGCAUGCCAGCAUAACUUUUAACACCAUUGAGGAGGUAAGUUGCACACUGAGCAGUGGCCAAGCUGUCCAAUUCAAAGGUUUUAGAAACAUUUUACUUGUAAAAUCCACUUUCUAAUAGGAAUGGACCAAAGAGUUUCCAAGAAACUCCGGGAAGAUUUCAGAGUCAAAAUGCAACUCCAAAAAGAGAGUGUGAAUCUUAAGUUGCUACUUGAUCAACCUCAAUCUCUUCUGUCCAAAUACUUAAUGCAUGGUGCACUACUUACUGGUACAUUAUAAUGCAGCAAGAUACUUACUCAUUUUCAACGAUCAUUAUAGUUUGAAUUUCUUUGGUAGUUCUAUUUUGUAAAGGAAAAAAAUAACAGUUAUAAACAUUUGAGCAUUGUAUUUCUCGCAUCCCUUCUAAUGAGUGCUAGAUUUUUCUAUUUUAAUAGGUUUUUGUUUUGACAACUAGCUUUACUUAUUGAACACUCAGCAGAAAAGUACUUACCUACUUGCAAGUUAGAUAUUAACAAAAGAAAAACCCCUUUGAUUUGUAGAUUUAAAGAUUAAUCCCCCAAGUUUUCUGCAGACUGCCUUGAAACUUUGAGUUGUUCUGUUUCUGUUAAUUUUCUUUUGCUUUUUUGUGUUUUUUGUUUGUUUUUACUUUUGCAUUUAAGAACAUUAAAUUUGAUUUUGUUUUGCUCAAAUUUUGUUUUGUUUUUUAUUUUCUGUUAUUUUUUUGCUGAGUAUUGCACACAGUGUCCAGCUUCCAACGAGUGUUGCUUUAAAGAACUCUAGUUCCUCUUGAAGGGUUUCUCAGUUACUCCUUUGACAGACGAGUAGAAGAAAGAUGGUUAUGAAACAAGAGCACUACAAGAAGUCUGUCACGUAGAACCCGUGUGCCACAGGCUGACAUAACCCUGCAGGUUGUUCUUUGGUAGGAAAUCUGACAAGGAUUGCUCCAUUGAGUAAAGGCUGUGUAAGGAUACUGGGCAUGGCUAGAGACUUAUCUGCACAACCGUCAGGUCCAGUGUUCAUGCUCCGUUGGCAGAAGGUAGAGCAAACAAGAGACGGGGUCAGGGACAGUUUUAAUGCAGUGUCUCCUUUUUGUUGCAUGAACCUCUAGCAGUCCCUAAGCUGACUUUCAAAUGGCAGAGGCCCUUCCAUGCCUCCUGCUUGUAUCCUUCCAUCCCUGGCUGACCUUGCCUGGCAUUUACAAUUGUUUCUUCUCUUUCUGCAGUGGGAGCUGCAGUCUUGCACAGCCCAAAGAGAGCCCCCUCCUUUGAUCGCCUUCAGCACUGUCUCCAGUCCUGUUCACUACCAUCUCUUGAGAAGCACUAUGGUUUGUACAGCAGUGGCUGUGACAGAGCAACCUACUCCCACCCCUCAUAGUGUACUUUCCAGCAGUCUAUUCCAGAUGUUUCCACCAACUUGUCAUCAAUCUUUUAUUACGUUAAUAAAUACUUCCUUUAUAUGAAAAAGGAGAGAUUCAGAAGCACUCAGGGGGUGUCUCUCAAGUUAAAACUGAGUAGUAUAGAGUCCUCUCACAGUGUCCCACAUCUCUUAACCUCACACUGUCCUGUUCUACAGGACAGUUGUUCCCAGCUUCCUGUCAUUCUCUCUUGCCUUGUUUCGUGUAAGAGUAAUUUCACACUAAAUGAGAGUCGCUGGUUUAUCACAGUAUUUAGAUGGGGGUUCAGACUUCCAGUGAAGGACACCCUCGGUAGGACUCUGCAUCAGUGAUCACUGCAGGCGUGCUGCCACUGCUCUGAGCUCGAAAACAUUUCGUGUAGACUUUUUGGCAUCCCUGUCAUCUGCCUGCUUCUCUGUUCUUCCAUUUUUCUUUGCUAAGUAAGAAGGAAACACAGGAUGCUGUUUCAGUGGUAGUAUGAAAACAUCUCUUGUAGGAAACAUCUGAUCCCAGCUUCCUUUGAUAGUUGCUCUGGCAGCCAUCACCACAUAAUUUCCAUGAGCAAAAUGUUGCUGCUUGAGUCAGGAAAAGAGGGAAACAAAACCCUGCUAAAAUACCAAGAGCCGAUACUAGAAGUGUAUGGUCUGCAUCAUAAUAGUCACUAAAUAUUUGGCAUAAAUAGCUGAAGUCAAGGAAAAAUUGUCUGUAUUCUUGCUGCUUUUGGUCCUAAACAAUAGCCAUGUAUCCUACUGGUAAAGACCAAAGGAAACUUCUGGAAUUGGAAACUAAAUUCAAACAAGUAAUCUGCCAGCAAUUUUUCUACCCAGAAGGUAGGAGCAACUGGUUUCCUUUACCACGUCACCCAGUGUACCCUACUUUGAAGCUUCUCCUUGAACAUAGCUGCUUCAAGAGAGGGUUUGGCCUCUUGAUCCUCAGAGAGUUUAGAAAACUGUUGAUUUGUUCUGCUUUUUCAUCCUUUCAUUUGAGGAAAUACAGAUGCUUCUUUCAGGUGAUGCUCAGUCACUGCUUACAGGAUCUUUGUGAACCCAAAGGCCUGUCUCAACCCAGUGGACAGUUACAUUUCUCAUGAGAUGCAGUAGCUCAGUGAGGUAGAGUCUUGGUUGCUGGAUUAAGAUCUGGUGACCAGAUUUUAAAGACCUGGUCCAGGCUGGAGAUGUGCUACUGGGAACAGCUCUGAUUGCUAGAAAUGUUUUGGGUUCCCCUAGAAUAGGCUGGAAACCUCACAAGACACCCCCAGGUACCUGCUGCUGAAGGACCAGGUAUAAUUCCUGAUGAAAACAGGUAGUUCUGGCCGUGCUGCUGUUGCAGGGUCUCGUGUAGAUACUGAAGAGAAUGACGAUGCCUCAGGGGACAGGGCGAGGGGUUUUGUGUCAGCUUUUCUGAAGGCAUGAGCCUGGGUUUCGUGACUCCGCCGUUUGGGGUGACACCAUUUCAUUUUUACAUGUAUUUGAUCAGAUGGACAAAUACAGUGACAAAAGAAGUUCACCUGCCUUGUGUUUGAAAAGAAAGGGGAGAAAAGGCUUCUUCAUCAAUCUUAUGGUCAGGGUAGCUACCUUCAGAGCUGAGGGUCUGCCAGGUGGGAAUACAAACAGCAAGACUUGGGCUGGAUGUUCCAGUGGAUCCAUUUGCUUUGCGUACACUUGCUUUCACAAGGAGAACUUGUGUGCGUGCCAACACUUGGCACUCCAGCAGAACCUGCCCUUGGCUUCUGCAGCCAUUCCCGGUGGGGAGUCCCUGGUUUUCACUCACUGGCUGGGAGCCAUCUCCUUUGGGAGGCCCAUCUGCAGUCAGGCACCUUUGGUGGCACUAAAAAGGCUUCACUGUGCAAGGGCAGGGUCCUGUGCUGGGACUUGGUCAGCCUUCAGGACCUCCAGUUACUGUUUGCAGGAAACCUCACCAGCUUUUGAAUGUCUGGUGUGAUUUUAAUUAUUGCUUCAUCACUUUUGAAUGUAAAAUCACUUGGGUUAUCUUGGUAUUUCAUUUGAAAGGGAAGUGCUGCUGCCCUUACUUGGUCCUCAUCCUUUUCUCCACUAUUGCAAAUAUUGGUUGGAUCUGGCACUCCAAGAAGGCUCUUACUGGGUCAUGGUGUGGCUGCCAAACACACUUGUUAUAGGGCUUCCAGAAUUGCACAUGAGUAGUCUUCAUUCUUUGCUGGACUGUGGAGCUUCACUCUAAAAUGAGACAAUGUCUGCUUAAAUGCAAAACUGUCCUGACUCUGCUUGAAGACCUCAUCCAAAGUUCUCUGGAGACAUUCUGGACUUGAGUCGUGUUGUACAGAAUAAAACCAAAUAAAAAGAUGAAUCAGAUUUUCUUAGUAUAUCCAACAACUUGAGUUUUGUCAAACUGAAAAUUCCUUGAAGGCUUUAUUCAGACUUGGUCUUUUCCAGUCUGUUGAUUUAUGAAGUUUUUAUUCCUGCUCAGUAACUUACAUUUGCUUCCCAGAUUCCCCCUACGAAUGGAAUUCACCCUGGUGCAGAAAGCUAGCCACAAGCCUACUCACAGUUUAGACCUGACAACCAUCUGCAGAUAGGGAAACUUCACAGUAAAUAUGGAAAAGGAAGCUCUGAUGUUGCUGUGUAUCCUAAGCUGGCAGAGGCAAGUCCAGUUCCUUCAGAUGAGGAGAUGGCAGCAUCAGAACCACUAUAAACAUGAGCAGAAUCCAAGCAGGUUAGUGUGUUUAGCUCUCUUGUGACUGUUUUAGAUGGUAUCUCCAUACUGAAGUGUUGAAUUUAUUUUAAUGUUCAAGUUAGAUCAUUAUAAAGUUUGGUUUGCAUCUGGCAGGAGGGGAUGGAGCCAGCACAGUUAAUGUUGCCUCCUGUGCCAAGCUGGUGACACUCCCUCCGCUUUCUGCUCUAGAUCGGGGCCUGAGAAGGACUUGAGGAUCCAGCUUUUAGGGUGGAAGGAGAGGUCAGCGUCCCCGUGGCGCUGUAUGUCCACACAUCUUGUUCCUUCCCUUUGGUUGGUUAUGAGUUUUUUGUACGUCUGUAUCAUGAUAGCAUGAAAACAUGGAAAAUAGAGACACACGAGUCACUCAGGCUACAUUUCUCAUUGCAGUGGAUACUAGUUGGUCAGUUUGUGGUCACUUAUAUUUGUCCUGAUGACCAAAGGGUGUCACUCUGGAGAAGGACACCUAUUUUUAUAGGGACGUUGGAUGUUGUAGUAAUGUUCUUUAUGCGAAACAAUUACAAAUCUUAAAAGAAAAAAGAAACCUUGGUACCUUUCUAGAAAGGAUGUUGAGCAGUUAAAACCAAAAUACCUGUAUAACUGAUCCCUGAUUUGGAAUGCCAAGCUUUGGAAGUGAAUAGUCCCGAUAGUCAUCGGCUCUACCUGCCUGCAACAUGCUAGAGGGUUUGUAAUGUACAGCAUUUGGUGAACUGCUGAUGGCGAGCUCCUGGGUCAGUCACAACAGUCAAACACAGUAACUUGACCUAACGCUACCUCUCUCAUAUGGUUACCAUUUGGACUUCUAUAAUGAGGAGAUUUGUCCUUUGGAAUUCUGCCAGUAAAGCACCUUAUUGUUAACAGUUCUACUUAUAGCUCCUAAGAAUAGCUUUAGAGCAAAGGGACCAAGUUCACAUUCACCAGAAGAGAGCCCAGCUCACUCAGAGCUCCCAUUGUGGGGCUGCACUUGGAGUUUGGUUUGGUUUUUGGUUUUGUUUUCUUCCCCAAGAACAACGCUUGUCCCCCUGGGUACUUCAAUCUCUCUAUUGCAAAGCAGAUGAGUCUGUGCUGUAGGCAAGUUCCUCGGUACUUCUCAGUGUUGGAUGCUCAGCACAAUAGAACUGAGAAUUACAAAGGUCCAAAGGCAAAUGUUCCUUUCUGAUGUUUUACCUUAUUGCUUUUCUACUUAUUUAUAAACUGGGGUUCAUGAGGAGGGUCACGAGUCCCUCUUGCUUGUCCUGCACCUUGUGUGACUCCUCCACGAUGCAGCUCAAGUGUCCACUCUUAGAGGAAUUCAAUGCAGCACUGGUUUUGUGAUGGCUUUUUCCUAGUAGGCUUAUGUAGUACAACUAAACAACCCCUCAAGUGUUGCUCUCUCCUUCUGCAUGGUUUAAAACCAGCCAAAGC